AUGUUCAGAAAAUUUACCAAAGAAGAUAUUCAUUCGAGAUCGAAAGUCAAAUCUUCAGUCCAAAGAAAUUUAAAAUCUAAACUGGUCAGCCAAUUCCCUCAAUUAGAAGAAGUUAUCGAUGAGUUAAUUCAAAAAAAAAGUCAAAUUGAAUUAAUUAAGUGUGAGGAUAAAAUUCAACUGUAUACAGUUGAUGGUGAAGUAUAUUUUUUCCAACAGUUUGAUGAAUUAAUUCCAACUUUAAAGUUAAUCCAUAAAUAUCCACAAGCAUUCCCAACUAUUCAAGUCGACAGAGGUGCUAUUAAAUUCGUAUUAUCAGGUGCAAAUAUCAUGUGUCCUGGUUUAACUUCACCAGGUGCAAGAUUACCAGAAACACCAGGUUACGAAAAAGAUUCAAUUAUUAUAAUUAAUGCUGAAAAUAAAGAACAUGCAUUAGCUGUUGGUAAAUUACUAAUGAGUACCGAUGAUAUCGCAUCUAUUAAUAAAGGUCAUGGUGUUGAAAUGAUCCAUCAUUUAGGUGAUCCUUUAUGGAAUUUUAAUAUCGAUUAA